AUGGCACAGCCAAAACACAAAAAUUAUUUUUGUCACCCAAUUUUUCGUAAAAAGGCUUAUAAAUUUGCCGCUAGGAAUGAAUAAUCUAAUGAUCUCUAGUAAAUUUGGUUAAAAGUUUGCAUUUUGCAAUACUUAGUUUCAUAUAAAAAAGUAAUGCAGUUAGUUUAUUCUAUAAAAGGAAUUAAGAAGGUGACAGAUAUGAUUAAUAAUACAUUAAUUAAUUUCAUUAUUUUAUAUAUGUCAAUUAAAUAAAAACUAUAUUAAACUUGGCAUAGAUUCUUAUAAACUAAUUUUAAUAGUUAUCUAAGAAGUGCACCUACUCCAGGAAAGCAAAGGUUGUAUAAACAUGUUGAUAUUUAAAAUGAAUUUGAAAAGUUUGAGAAAGAGAGGAGAAAGUAGAGAUUGCAAUUGAUUGAAUAUAAGAAUAAAUUGAAAAAAAGAGUUUUAGAAAAAGAAAUUGCAUUAAUUAAACAAUUUGAAUCAAGUUAGAUUGAUUAUGUUUCAACUAAUGCUACUCUUGAAAAUAACUCUAUAAAUAAAGAUGCUUAUUUGGAUGAAGAAAGAAGAAAAUCACUUCUUAAGGAAUUAGAGGAGAUUAAUAAUUAAUUAACUUAAAUAGAUAAAGAAAAAGAGGAAUUAAAAAUUUUAGAGAAUGAUAUUGCAAUUUUAGAACCUAAUAUGGUUAUUUUGAGAGGGAUUGAGAAAAAGACAGUAUUAACCAUGAUUAAUUAUAUUGAAUUUUAACAUAGACAUGUUUCAGGAUUAGUAUUGAAUCCUGAAACAAUGAAAAAUAUUGAGACUGUUCAUUAUCAUGUUAUGAAUAAUCUGCCANGA